AUGCGGCGAUCCCAAGAAAACCUAGAGCUGCGCCACAGGAAUAAGCACAUUCGUGGGCGACUGCGCGAAGUCACUGAGAGUUUGGUAGAGGUCACGAAGGUCACCGUCAGUGUGCAUCGCUCUCUAGAAAACGCAUUGGACUCUAUCGAGAAGAUCAAGGAACGGAUGCAAGAGGAGUUAAGUGAUAUUAACGUGUGGCGGGAGGAUGAUCCGGACUGCCAGACAGAUGAAGAGUGUUCGAUGGACGAGGAGUAG